GGAAAUGUGACACAGAACUAUGUCCUGGGGCAGGCAGUGUUGAAGUCACACCCACUGCUGCAGGAGCUGACGCAGACGGUGCACCCAGCAGCUGCAGGCUGCUGACUGACAAGCCGUGCUCCUUUGAGUCUCCGGAGGCUGAAGCACACACGGUGCAUGUCCAGCAUAACCGCAUCCACCCGGCGUGCUCCCAUGCUGCACAGGGACAACAGGGACUCAGCGAUGCGGCUGCUCCUGGUUGGGAAGACUGGGGGGGGACGAAGUGCUACAGGGAACACCCUUCUGGGACGAUGUGCCUUCGAGUCCAAGCUGGCCACCAAGCCGGUGACCCUGAGCUGCCAGAAGGCAGACGGGCAUUGGAAUGGCCACGACAUCACGGUGAUCGACACGGCCAACAUCUUCUAUUUGUGGGAUGACAACGCUCAGGUGCACAAAGAAAUCUUGCACUGCAUCAAGCUGUCCUCUCCGGGCCCCCACGCAGUGCUGCUGGUCACCCAGCUGGGCCGCUUCACCCAGGAGGACCAGGAGGCUGUGCAGAGUGUGCAAGACAUCUUUGGAUCCGACGUCCUCAGAUACACGAUUGUCGUGUUCACCCGUGGAGAAGAGCUGGUGGCGGGGUCCCUGGAUGACUACGUGAAAUACACUGACAACAAAGCUCUGCGUGAUGUGAUCCAGAGCUGUGAGUACAGAUACUGCGGCAUCAACAACCGGGCCAGAGGGGCUGAGCAGGACCAGCAGGUCCAGCAGCUGAUGGAGAAGAUCCAGCAAAUGGUGCAGGAGAAUGAGGGCAAGUUCUACAGCAAUGAGAUGUACCUGGAUCCCCAUUUAAUGGAAGACAAGGUGAAGUAUCAUGUGAAGAAGUACAGAGAAGCUAGGAAAAGCAAAGAGCAGACCUGCUGGAGGAAAUACUGGAAAUGUCUCGCCGUUGUUGGGGGGGGUGUCGUUCUCGUGGUUGCGGUUCUCUCAUUUUUCCUUACCCCAGAGAAGCCAUGAAUUCCCAAAUGGCAGAAUCACAGAGCACUUGGGGCUGCAGACAUCUCUGGAGGGCACCGGCUUCACCCCCGCCCUUUGGGGUCUCCCAUCACCCACUGCCCUCGGUUGUGUCCCACUGUGUGUUGAACAUCUCCAGGGAAAGAGAUGUUGCUGCCUGGGGGAGAGUUAAUUUUCUUCAUUGAGGCUCAUGCAUUGCUGUAUUCUGGAUUUGUGAUGGAAUGCAUGGUGAUAGCAGUGUUCUGGUCGCCAUCAAGUGGUACUCACACAGAGCUCAGGGCUCUGCCAUCCUCAUGCUGCCCUGCUGGUGAGGGCUGGGGGUGAGGGAGCUGAGGGGACAGACCUAAGGGAUGUCCUAUGCCAUAUGGUGUCGUGCUCGGUGAUAAAACUGGGGAAAGAAGGAAGGGGGACAUUGAGACUACUGAUGUUUGUCUUCAUGACAAAUGAGACACAUGAAGAGCCUGGCUUUCCUGGGAGUGGUUGAACAAGUGUUUGCUGAUGGGAAGUACUCCAUGCAUUCCUUGUUUUGCUGUGCUUGCGCGUGUGGCUUUUGCUUUACCCAUUAAACUGUCUUUAUCCCAA